AAAUCUUUUUUUUUCUUGUGUCUGAGAGUACAUCCAUGCAUAUAUGUAUAUAUCUUGUGUAUCUUCAACAGAAGAAUUGCAGUUGGUCGUAACGCGAUGCAAGGAAUGGCAAAAAUUUGGAAGAGCAAAGCUGUUAGCGUCGCAACAAAGAUCCGAAUAACCGACGCAAUCAUUUUCCCCGAUCUCCACGUACGCGUGUGAAAGCUGGACACUCAAGAAGGCGGGACAGAAGGAAAAUCGACGCUUUCGAACCAUGGCGUUGGAGGCGAAUGCUGCGCGUGCCACGGACAGCCAAGGUCACAAACAAGACGAUCCUAGAGCGAGUCAAAACAAAGAUAUUGCUGGAGGGCAAAAUCACCAAGCAGCGGCUCCUGUGCUUUGGUCAUAUCACGCGAGCUAAUUCCUUGGAAACAGCAUUAAUGCUUGGCAUAGUCAGUGGGAGGAGAAGAAGAGGACGUCCAAGAACACGCUGGCUGGACAUCAUUAAGGCCGACACGAACGUGCCCUUGAAAGAAUUAGAAGACAUGGUCAAAAAUCGUAAAGCGUGGAGAAUGAUGAUCCAGAAAGUGGCCGAAAGUCGGCCUCGACUGAACGAGCUCAAGCCCGAGGUCCCGGCACCGGCCGAGCCCUCCUCCCCGUUGGACCUUCGCACGGACGGCAGGAUGCUGGCCCUGGGAGGCGACUCGGAGGCGUGGGAGCGCCGCCUGCAGCAGGAGCUGCUGCUCAUACAGAAGCAGCAGCAGAUCCAGAAGCAGCUCCUCAUCAGCGAGUUCCAGAAGCAGCACGAGAGCUUGACCCGGCAGCACGAGGCCCAGCUGCAGGAGCACCUGAAGCUGCAGCAGGAACUGCUGGCCAUGAAGCAGCAGCACGAGCAGCUGGAGGAGAAGCGCAAGCUGCAGCAGCGGAGCCACGAGCUGCCGGAGGAGACGCAGGAGGAGCAGCAGGAGCAGGAGAUGGAGAUGGAGAAGGAGCGCCAGCGCAGGGAGAAGCACCUCCUCGUCCUGAGGAACAAGGAACGCGCCCGAGAAAGUGCCAUGGCCAGUACCGAGGUGAAGCAGAAACUCCAGGACUUUCUGCUGAACAAACCGGCUAAGGAGCCCAUCUCCAACGGGCCCGGCCACGGCGGCAGCCAGCGGCCCAAGCUCUGGUACAUGUCCGCCCCACCCGUUUCCCUGGAGCAGAGCCCCCCCAUGCUGGGCAAGGCUUCGCCCACCUACAGGGCCGCCCUCCCCAUGGCGCCGGACGGCAAGGACAGUUUCCCCCUGAGAAAGACGGCCUCGGAGCCCAACCUGAAGGUGCGGUCGCGGCUGAAGCAGAAGGUGUCCGAGAGGAGGAGCAGUCCGCUGAUGCGGCGGAAGGACGGCAGCGUUGUCGUGGCGCCCUACAAGAAGAGAGCGCUGGAGUUCGCAGACACCAUAGCCAGCAGCAGCGCCCCCGGCUCUGGACCCAGCUCUCCCAGCGGAGCGUGUAGCGCCUUGGGGGUGGAGAACGGGACGUCCUCCCCGCCCGGCACAGCGCAGACCGAGCGCCUGCUCUCGCAGCAGAGGAUCGCGAAGCCCAAGGAGUCGCUGUCUUUGCUGAGCCUCUACACUUCGCCGUCUCUGCCCAACAUCACCCUGGGUCUGCCCUCCGUGCCCUCGCCCAUCCGCGCUGCUACAGCUCUGAAGGAGAGGCCCGUCGACACCGGCAGCGGAGGGUCCAGUAGACAGGUGCUGCCGGGACACUUCCUGGGUGCGAUGCCACCGGUUGCCUUGGAAACCAAAGUCAACAGCAGCCACCAGGCCCUCCUGCAGCACCUGCUUCUCAAGGAGCAGAUGAGACAGCAGAAGAUUCUCUCUCCAGGGCUCGGGAGUGUUUCGGUGCUCUCCCCGUCCCCGCUGUCCCUGAGAGACCGCCCAUCCUCCUCGGCGCGCUCCAAACUGCCCCGGCACCGGCCCUUGAACCGCACCCAGUCGGCCCCGCUGCCCCAGAGCACGCUGGCCCAGCUCGUCAUCCAGCAGCAACACCAGAACUUUGUGGAGAAGCAGAAGCAGUACCACCAGCAGGUCCACAUGAACCAGAUGCUGUCCCAGUCCAUCGAGCAGCUCCGGCAGCCGGGCGCCCACCUGCAGGAAGAGGAGGAAGACGAGCGCAUGGAGGCGUGCGUGCGGGACGCUCUGACCCCUGGUGGCGUCAUCCGGAAGCACAGCCAGAGCAGCAGCACCUGUAGCUCGGACGGAGAGCUGCCGGAAGCUCACCACGGAGCGGUCCGGGUGAAGGAGGAGCCCCCCGACAGCGACGACGAGUGCCUGGCGCGGGACAGAGUCCGCCUGCAGCAGGCCGCGGGGGACGACGCCCCCCGGAGGCUGGUCAUCAGAGCCAUCAUGUAGAAGCGAGAGAGCGACACACGCAUUCAUCCAGACAUGACACACACACACAGAGGGAAGACUCGGACUCCCUUCUGAACGCACAGGUUCGCAAAGUGUAGAAAAAAACAACGAAAAAGAGAAAAUACUCAACGGUGGCUCAGUUAGCACAUCCCUCCUCGGUAGGCGAUCUCCGCGCGGCAGCGUCCGUGGCUCCGCCCCUCCCGCCCGACCCCGCGGUGCAGGCGCGUGUACAAACCGCAUGGACUAAGAGCGUCCGCUUGUGAACUUGUGACGUGAACCCCGUUCCGUGUGCAGUAGUGACCCACGUGUGAAGUCGUGCGCAGCUUUGGCCCCCUCCCCCCCCCCCCCGCGUGUAGUCUCUGUCCGUGUCGCCGGAGAUCCCGCGGCGCCGAGGACGGUUCGCUCAUUAACCCGGUGUCUCCAUCCCGUUUCCUGGGGCUUAAUUGAUUUUUCUUCCCCCCAUUAUGUGAAUUGUAACUGUGAGAUGCCAACAUGUUCAUAAUACACACAUCAGUAAAGGACAUUCCGCAGAAAUGUGUUACACUUGUUCUCGUUCAGUCGUGUCGCUAUCGUACUCCAAAUCCAGUCGAUUUACGCAGCCGGUAGUUGUCCGAAACCCCCGAGCUCCUCGCGCUGGAGGACAUUUCAGUGGCGCGGUUCACCUCGCUAAGGGUGCGCGCCAAGCCCCCCGUGGGACGCGAACCUAUAUCGCUCUGCCCCGAAAUCCGCUUCCUUAAAUCCGAUACAUAAAUUCUGCCGCGACAAAAUUCUCCGAGACGUCGUGCACGAGCCGCGUCUGUAGCGACCGCUCACUUUAUAUUUUGCCCGCUUUCGCUGGCGGUCUCUCGAGACGUCCUUUUAUCCUGCGCGGAGUGAUUUAACGCAGCCACCGAGAGCUGCCCGAGCGCUUCGGUCGCGCCGCAGCACACCUAGGCCUUUUUGGGGCUCCGUGCGGAGGAAAGGAAAGCCUCUCCGUGUCGAAACUUGAGGUGGCGAAAACAAGCACCGGGCACCGGGCCCCCGGCCCCCGCUCCCUUUUCCCUCGGGGGCCCCGAAUCAAAGCCCCGCCGCGUCGCGGCCGCUCCGUUUUCCAGCAGAGGAGUCGGCGAGCGAGGCCGGGCAGGAAAUGCCUUCUGGAAGCACGGAGUCGGCGUGAUUCAUGCAGGAAUGUGGACGGUUCGCGGAGUCGCCGGGGGCCGGGCCCCAGAUUUGAUUCACUGUCGGGGGAUAACAGGCAGCGCAGCGCGAGCGGCGAAGAGGCUGACUAACCUUGCUAGGCGAAGCGUUUCCUGCGCGAUGCCCCUCCCCCCUCCCCCUGCUCCUCGUCCCUGUCCCUGUCCCUGUCCCUGUGCACGGGGCCUGUCUGAGUCACCGCAGGUAGGCAGCCAGGGCGCACACACCCCUCCCCGCAUCUGCGCUCUCCUUGCUCGGGUGCUUAAUUGUGAUGAAUCUUUCCGGAGCGGCAGACUGGAGGUUGUCUCUUUUCGACGGGGCUGCGGCGCACUCCCACGGGCAGACCUCCGAGAGGCAGAGGUCAUUCCGAGGGCACCUGGAGCGGAACGCGAGAGCCGUCGAUCGGCACAGCAAGGGCCAUCUGCGCGCCGCGUGCUUAGCUCGUCCGGUCGACACUUUCCCUCCGUUACUUCUCAAAAUAGCGGCGGAGCUCCCAGAGAAUCUCCGCCUAAUAUCUGACUCCGCACAGGAUUCCUUUAACGACGCCGGCGGGGCGCCGACGCUCAGCUCUUCUCUAACGUUGAUGUAUAGAUGGGAUAUCCUGGCCUCUGUACUUUGCUAUGUAUUUGUGACCUUUAUUUUCCUGCACUUACAAUUUGUUUUUCUAAAUAAAGUAUGUUU